UUGCCCGAACGCUCCAUGUUCCCUGCCGCCUACACAUUUGACAGAGUAUUCGGCUGUGACUGCUUGACAGCUCAGGUGUACGAGGAGGGAGCCAAACACAUUGCACUUUCAGUACUCAAUGGUUUUAAUGCAAGCAUAUUUGCAUAUGGGCAAACAAGCAGUGGAAAGACAUAUACAAUGAGGGGAAUCACUGAAUAUGCAGUCAAGGAUAUAUGUGACUACAUAGAGAGGCAUGAAGAAAGAGAAUUUUUGGUGAAAUUCUCUGCCUUGGAGAUAUAUAAUGAAGCCGUCAGGGACCUCCUUAGCUCUGAUAGUACCCCACUCAGACUUCUAGAUGAUCCAGAGAGGGGAACUGUUGUGGAAAAACUUACUGAGGAGACUCUAAGGGACAGGAAACAUCUUCAGGAGCUCCUUUCAAUAUGUGAAGCUCAAAGGCAGAUAGGAGAGACCUCUUUGAACGAAACUAGCUCCAGAUCACAUCAGAUUUUGCGGCUGACAGUUGAAAGUUCUGCUCGUGAAUAUGCUGGAGCUGAAAAUUCAAGCAUUCUUGCAGCGUCGGUGAAUUUUGUUGAUUUAGCAGGAAGUGAGCGUGCCUCUCAGACCUUAUCUGCUGGUGCAAGAUUGAAAGAAGGCUGCCACAUAAAUCGGAGUUUACUAACUCUUGGAACUGUAAUUCGAAAAUUAAGCAAGGGAAGAAAUAGCCAUGUUCCUUAUAGAGACUCUAAGCUGACACGCAUACUCCAGAAUGCCUUAGGAGGCAAUGCUAGAACAGCCAUCAUUUGUACUAUGAGUCCUGAACGCAGUCAUGUUGAGCAAUCGAGAAAUACUCUCUUGUUUGCAAGCUGUGCUAAAGAGGUAAGCACUAAUGCGCAGGUCAAUUUAGUUAUGUCAGAUAAGGCAUUGGUAAAGCAAUUGCAAAGGGAAUUGGCUAGACUGGAGAACGAAAUGAAGAGCAUGGGAUCAGCUUCAGUCAAACGUGAUAUUGCUAUAUUGUUGAGAGAUAAAGAGCAACUCAUCGAACAGAUGGCCAAAGAGAUACAGGAAUUGACUCAGCAACGUGAUCUUGCUCGAUCUCGAGUUGAGAAUUUGCUACUGUCAGUUAGAGAAGUUCAAAUGUUAAAGCAAGGGGAUUAUUCAUUAUCAAAUUCUUCUGAAGUGGCCGAGGUUCCCUGUAUGGUAGGUUACAACAAACAUAGGGAUACUGUUGCACCUCGUGUGCCUAGUUCCAAUAACCAAUAUCUAGGGCUUCCUGAGAAAUACGAAGAGGAUUUUCUGCGCGAUGGCAUCACUCCAGAGUUUGUUGGGUCUGGUCCAUGCAAAGGUUGGGGGGAGACUACCCAAAGAAUGAAUGGAGAAUUUGAAGAUAACUGCAAGGAAGUUCCAUGCAUUGAAAUUGAAAACUCAAGCAUUAAGAUGAAUGAAAAUGCAGAAGUUUGGUCUUUAAUUCCUGAUAACAAUGAAGGAAAAUUACCCAUCGAAGAGGCCAUUGUCAAGAAAACCGAAACUGGUGAGUUAACAAUUCAUCCUGAGGAACAGGAAGGAAAACGUACCAUGACAGAGGCUGUUAUCAAGGAAAUAGAUGUUGAUAAUUCAACUGCUCUUGAGGAAGAGGAAAGAAAAGUAGCCUUGACAGAGGUCCUUCUCAAGAAAACAGGAGCUGGUGAGUUCCUGGCUGAUCCCGACGAUAUUGAAGGAAAAUUAACCGUGACAGAGUCAAGUAUUGAGAAGCUGGAAGGUGAUAGCUUCUCUACUGAUCCUGAGGAAAGUCAAGGAAAAUUAGACAUGACUAUAACCAUGAAGGAAAAUGUAGUAUCAUCCCCACAAAAGGAAGAAUUGCAAUCAAGUCAUGUCUAUACAGACGAAACUUACAAAGCUUUGAAACAAAAAAUUGAGGAGCUGCAAAGGACCGUCAAAUUUCUUGUCAGUAUUCAUCAUCUAGAGUUGCCUUGUUUCUCAGAUGCAUCUAGCUCAAGUAGCACGAGCAUGACCAGAAGCAGAAGCUGCGGUGCGGUUGUCACAACUGUGCCAUCUUCACCUUACUUUGAGAAGGCAGAACAGAAUGAAAGCACACCUCCUUCCACUGGAUUUGGAAAGGAUUUCCUUGAAAGACCAAGAGGCCUUUAUCAAAAGCUUUCUGAAUUGAAAUAUGACGACAGAAAUGGAAAUAUGUCCAGAAGAAAUUCUCAAACUUCUCGUAGUACUUCUGGGGAAGCACGAAGUCUGAAAGAUUCGGAUGUUGAAGACACUUUUAGUGCACUUGAUUUUCCUCCACGACCAUGGAAGUCAUUUAGCGGUGAUUCUGUGAGAAGAACUUCCUCCUCUGAUUUUGCUUCGGACGGCAGUGAAACGGAACUGCAGUCAGAAAAGCAAUUUGAUAACAAUUUGGCACAGGCACAGGAAAUAAUAAAGGAUUCCAUGCAACUGAACUCUAGUUGGCCCUCAGAAUUUGAGAAGCAGCAGAGAAAGAUAAUUGAACUUUGGGAUGCUUGCAAUACACCAUUAAUCCACAGAACCUAUUUCUUCCUGCUUUUCAAAGGUGAUCCUUCCGAUUCUUUGUAUAUGCAGGUAGAGCUCAGAAGAUUGAAUUUUCUAAAGAACUCAAUGUCAUACGAAACUAAUGCUGGGCAAGAUAGUCCCAUCGACGCAACAGCUUCUAGUGUGAAGGAAUUGAUCCGCGAGAGGGGAAUGUUGAGCAAACAAAUCAACAAGAAGUUCUCAAGAAAGGAGAAAGAGGAACUCUUCAAGAAGUGGGGCAUUGGGUUGAACACAAAGCAGAGGAGCUUACAGCUGGCUCGCAGUGUAUGGACAAACAUGAAGGACAUGGUCCAUGUCAAGGAGAGUGCUGCUCUGGUGGCCAAGCUGCUCGGGUUUGUCGAACCAAGUCAAGCCCCCAAGGAGGUAGUUGGACUCAGCAUCUUGCCCCGAUCUAUAACCCGAAGAUCUUCCGGCUGGAAGCACGGCAUUCCUCCCCUGUUAUAGAAGUUAUUUGAAGAUAAAGAGAAUUAUCUAGGUUCAUAUAUUUGCAGGGUUGAAAUCUUCUCAUUAAGAGCAGAAGGUUUGGCUUAACUCCUUAAGUUGAACUUCUCAAAUGAUUCAAAAAUGCAGUGCUCUGUUUUUGUCAAACUAUACACUAAAAAUAGCUAUGGCAAAAAGGCAAAGUUGGUAUUCACAUCGGAGCUUUAAGCUUUUUUAUGCUUUACAUCAUCUAUGAUUUGAAGACAGAUCCUUCAGUGAUUUUCCAGCCUGACUUGGACCCACACAUUUCAUAUCUUGUUGUGUAGGAUUUUACAUUAGAGGCAUUGUUCUCUGGAUGAUGAAUAUUAGUCAAGCGGGUGGACUUUUCCAGAGUUGCUUCGACUACAGUACGCUGCCAAUCUAGUGAAAGAGUAACGCGGUCAAUAGCCAGGUUCAGUAUACUGUAUUCAUAUAUCC